AUGAGUACGUCACGUCAAAGCGAGAGUUGGUCUCUGCUGCCCACGCAGGCUGUAGCCACUCGGAUAAAAAGCCUCGAGGAGGAGCAGCGGGAGCUGGUGGAAUACCAACAGCUCGAGAAGCAGCGGCGCUGUUUGGAGUACGAGCUCACCGAUCGCGACUGGCGAACAGCACAGGAGCGUAUCGAGACCCUUGAGGCACAAAAGCGGGAGGUUGCUGAGCAGAUGCACAAGGUGCAGCGUGACACCACCGACCUCCGGGCUCGCCUGGAUGAUGCCGAGGCGGAGGUGCAGCGCGCCAGCACCGAGAAGCAGCGUAUGUCCGUGGAGCACGAAGAGGUAGAACGUUCGAGAGCCAGGCAACUGGAUGAGCUGACUAGAGCGAAGUUGGAGCUCACAGAUGAACAAAUGCGAGCCAAAGAUGCUUUGAAGACACAGGAAGAGCUCAAGAGUGAGGCCAGCCGCUUGCAAGCGGAGAGUGAAAAGCUGACCACGGAGCUGGCCAGCCUGAAGCCAAAUCUCAUAAAGGAGACUGAGAGGAAAGCAGAGCUCCUCCACCGCAAGCAGAUCUGUGAAGCAAAGCGGGGUCAGCUCUUUGCCAAACAAGGUCGCAGUUCGCAAUACAGCAGUGUGGCAGCACGCAACAAGGCCCUGCGAGAUGAGGUGGCCCAACGGACCUUGCGAAGAGACAAAGCAGCAUCUGAACUCAAGGAAACUCAGACCACCUUGAAGCAGGCGCAGGCUGAAGCCAGCAAGGCGCGUGAGGCGGCAAAGCAGAGCCGGGGUGACGUGCUGCAGCUGGAGCAGGAGAUCAAUGAACAGGUCUCUCAGGAGCUCCGAAAGGUGGUGGAUCGCCUGGAGAGUUGGACCGAAAAGAGACGUGCACUCUUACAGGACCGUGAAAAGAAGACCAAAGAGAAGGAUGAGGCAGAACGACAGGUAGCAAUGCUGACGAGCAAGAUUGAAAGUACCAUGCCCCGCCCGCAACGCAAUGCCUUGAACGAGGUCCGGUCCUGGGUGUCAAAGCAAGGACUCGACAAGGAAGUGUUUGGAACAUUGUUGGAGAACAUCGAAGUUCCUGCAGCAUACUGCAUUGCAGCUGAAAGCACUGCGGGCAGCGCGGUGUUCAAUCUCCUGGUGAAGGACGACAGCAUUGCUGGGCAAAUAGUCUCUCUGGUGCGCAAGGGAAGCUUAGGCAGUAUUGUUUGCACGCCCUUGAAUCAGUUAGAGACGAAGCCAAGACAGUAUCCGAAAAUCAACGGAAUAAAGCCACUUGUCGAUGUCAUCAGCUGCCCAAAGUGGGCCUUUCCUGCAGUCCAGCAGGUCUUUGGAAGGACUGUGGUUUGUUCUACUCUGGAGCUUUGCGAUGAGGUAAGCCGCAAGUUUGGCCUGGAUGCGAUCACCUUGGAUGGUGACAAGGUCAGCAGCCGGGGCACUUUGACCGGAGGCUUUCAAGAUCCAGCGCGCUUUGUGCGAAUUUCACAAGCACAAAAGCUUCGGGCAGCGCAGGAGAAAGCCAGUGCCAUCCGUCCCAAGCUUGCCAAGAUCGAGCAGGAGGCUGAAGCUGCAUACAACCAGCUGGAUGAGCUGCACAGUUCUCGGCGAGACCUUCAGGAUGAGCGUGGAACAAAGCGCAGCGCUCUGAAUGCUGCAAGUGAAGCAGUAGAAGAAGCUGAAGGUCGUGCUGCGCGCCACGAAGAUUCUGUCCGCCAAAGCCUUGAGCGUUGCAACGAGUUGAAAAGCCACAUAGCUCAAUAUGAGGCAGCAAUUUCAGCAAUGGAAGAAGAGAUGAAGAGCAAAUCCCUUGGAGACCUGAGUGCUGAAGAGGAUGCACAACUGCUGCGCUUGGGUGAGGAACUGCAAGAGCUCGAGCAGUCGCUAGCAGCCAGCAGCGAAAAGUGUCACAAGCUGAACCGCGAGAUCAUAGGCAAGGAGCAGCAUCUCAAGGACUUCCUUCGCAAGCGUCUUCAUGAGCUUGAGGUCGAGUUGCGUCGUGACCUUCCCACAGAUCACGAGGAGCGUGUUAGAGAGCGCAGCAAGGCUGUGGAGCGACUGCAGCGCGCUGAGAAAGAGAGUGAAUCGUCGCUGAAGGAGCUCCUGAAAGAUUUGACGGCCUCUGAUCAGGCCUUGGCCCAGGCUCGCUCAGAGGUGGACAAGUUGCAUGCAGAGGACCAGAAGCUUCAGGGGACUCUCAAUCAGCUCACUGGGAACUUGGAUGACAUCGCCUUGAAGGAGAAUGCGGCUGUCGACAGCGCUGGUGCUUUGCAGGAUGGGGCAGAGAUUGACUUUGCUGCUUUGGAGGAGCCGCUGAAUUUGCAGACGCCCUUGCGCUGUGCUUGCGCCAAGGCCAAUGCAAAGAUGACACGUUUCCUGCUGCUGAAUGGCGCUGAUGUUUUCGCACACUUCCAGAUCGAUGGUUGGACGGCACUGCACAGUGCUUGUCAUGGGGGCCAUGACCACAUUGCGAGAUUGCUGCUUGAUGAGGCAAAUGCUUUCCAUGAGAAGACCUUCCAAGGGGGUUGGAGCCUGCUGCAUCUCAUCGUGCUGGCAGCAACGAAGCGCUUGCAGAACAGAGGAGCAGACCUGGUGAAAUGGUCCUUAAAGCGUAUGCCCAGUGUGCAGGUGGAUGCCCGGUCAUCUCGUCCUGGCUACGAGGAGUGGACACCGCUUCACUUGGCAGCCGCACGAGGCUACACAGAGAUCCUUCAGGUGCUUUUGACCGCCAAGGCAAAUCCAAACGCCGUGACCGGAGACUUCUACGUGAGCUCCAUUCAAUUGAAUAGGCUUGCGUCAGGAGACGAGGAAGCUGUCGUAUGCGUCCAGAGCGUUGGAACUGCCAGCGAAGACCAGCUGGAUCGAGGUCUUCGGCCCAUACAUCUAGCAGCUUUUGGUGGUCACCAACGAAGCUGCCAUGUGCUCAUCCGGUGCACACCCAAAUGCACCAACAGUAUGACGAAAAGUCAUUGCUGGACUCCAUUGAUGUAUGGCGUUUGGAGCAACGACGUGGCUUUGGUGCGGGAGCUUUGCCGCUUGGGGGGCCGGCGAGUGGUCAAUGACUUGGAUCGGCGGAGUAGCGGCACUCAGUGGUGUCCACUGGCCUUGGCCGUGGUGCGCAGCAGUACUGAGAUGGUGAAAGCGCUUUUGGAGUAUGGCGCUGACCCUCUAGUCCGGCUUUAUUCAGCAGACUUUCCUGGUAUGGCUUUCGUCAAACAUUGCUCUUUAGCCUUACCAGAUGCUGCUGCCAACGCAUGGACUGGCAGGGACCUGCGAAUUUCCUUGCUACACCUUGCAGUCUGUCGGGGAUCCAGUGCAAUGCUACAGACUCUGCUGCCCAUCUUGAAGUCUGCGCAUCAGCGACCUGUCUACACUGGCAAGCAACCUCCCUUGAAUGGAAUGCCCUGGCAGGAUGUUUGUGGACAGGUGGGAUCCCAAAAAUCUUCCAUCCAGGAUCGAGCCAGGGAGCGACUGAUUACAAGUCCUGCAUCUGAAGCUCAAAACUGUGAUCCAGCGACUUUUUGCACUUCACAGGGAUGGUCCCCAGCUAUAUUGGCCCUCUUCCUUCACACAGUGGAUCCCCGCAGGGCGGUGCGCUGUUUCCCCCUGACCCAGACCUUCCCGGAUCCCCCACUGCUUCCUCGAGAAGAAGUGUUCAUGCAGCUUUUGGCUUGGGGUGCGUUGGACGAGGAGAUGACCACAGUGCCACAGCGCUUUCCCGAUGUGGCAGAGUCGCUAGUGAUGAUGACACUCAAUGAGUUUGUGAGACUUUGCAAGUUGGCUGAUAGAGGGAGUGUGACAGAGCGACUGCUACAUUCAACUUUGUGCAUGGCGUGCCACUUCAAUCGAAUCAAUGUUGCACGCCAUUUGCUGGAAGUGCACCAGUGUGACCCGCGCUGUAGCUUUAUGGGCUUCAUUGAACGGAGACCGCUGCACAUCGCCGCAAGCUGUGGACAUGGCGAGGUGGCACAGCUCCUGCUGGACUUUAAAGCUGAUCCAGCAGAGGACGAUGAAAAUCAAGAGCGUCCUGUCCAAAAGCUUGCACGAGCUUUGGAAGGCAAAACAAUGGCCUUACAGACGCGCGUGGCGCAGUUGGAGGCACUUCUUUCGGGUGGUACUUCCGCUCCGAGUUCGCCAAGCAAGACUCCAUCAAGGUCAGGAAAGCGGAGUGGUGGUGGUCCUGUCGUUGUGAACAAUCUGGUGAAACGGAAGGGUGAUGCAGACGAGAAGCUUCGAGGCCUGACCGUGGUCUCCACGGACAUGGCCAAGUACAAGGAGAUGACACCUCAGCAGCUCAUGAAGCAACUGGAGAAGACGAACAAGGGCCUGAGCAAAUUUGAGCACGUCAACAAGAAAGCCAUUGAUCAGUACACCACCUUCACAGAUCAGUUGCAAGAGCUCCAGGCAAAGAAGGCUGUCAUUGACGAGUCUCGAGAAGCGGUUGAAAGGUUUAUUGCCUCAGUAGACGCCCAGAAGGAUGAGACUCUGAAGCAGACGCUGGAACGAGUCGAUAUGCACUUCCGGGAUGUUUUUGCUCAUUUGGUGCCUGGCGGUGUGGGGAAACUACAGAUGGUCAAUGCCAAUGACCAGGUACUGGAUGAGGAGACGCCACGCGAGGAUGAUGGCUCAAAACGUGGAGUUCGGAUUGAGGUCUCCUUCACAGGCCAACAGACCUCUUUCCUGACCAUGGCACAGCUAUCUGGAGGGCAGAAGACUGUGGUUGCAAUCUCCCUCAUUUUCGCAAUUCAAAGACUGGAGCCAGCGCCUUUUUAUCUCUUUGAUGAGAUUGAUGCGGCGCUGGAUGCGCAGUACCGCACUGCGGUGGCCAGGCUCAUCGCGCGGGAUGCGAAGAAUGCUCAAAUGGUCCUCACCACCUUCAGACCAGAAAUUAUCGAGACAGCUGAUCGCUUUUACCGCGUGUACCAAAAGAAUCGUGUCAGCCGCAUUGAUUGUGUGCCUCGUGCCGAAGCAAAGCGAGUCAUUGAGGAGCAAACACGCCGAGAGCAGCUUGAAGCGUGA